AUGCCGGAAGACGCGCAAAAGAGAGAAGAGUCGCAACAGCCCGCGACGGCGCAGGACCAGACUGCCGCUGGCGAGGCGGCGCCGUCGAAGAAGGCGCAGAAAAAGGCGGAAAAAGAAGCUGCGAAGGAAGCUGCCAAGGCAGCCAAGCGCGAAGCGCUCGAGGCCGAGCAGCGGGCGGCACAGGCCGUGUUGAACAAGAAAGUCGAGGAUUUGGAGCAAGAUGUGUUUGGCUACCUACCUGUGAUAGAUUCGCGCAUUCGCACCUCCCGCGUCUGGAUCCCUGUCGAAGACCUCCACAACCACGUGGGAGAGACUGUGUGGAUUCGAGGGCGCGUGCAAGAGUCUCGAGGAAAAGGGAGCGUGGCGUUUUUGAUGCUGCGCGAGCGGCAGGCGACUGUCCAGGGGGUGCUCGACGCCAAGCGCGGAAACUCGAAAGACAUGAUCAAGUGGACAACGAGUCUUCCCCUCGAGUCGGUCGUCGACGUGCAGGGCGAAGUCGUCAAGCCUGAAGUGGAGAUACAGUCCACGUCGCAGAAAGGAGUCGAGGUGCUCGUCAAGAAAAUCUUCUGCGUCAGCAAAGCUGCCCAGGAACUCCCAUUCCAACUGCGAGACGCCAUGCGCCCCGAGGACGGCACUGAAGGAGGCAUUCGCGUGAACAUGGACACGCGCCUGGACAACCGGAUCUUGGAUUUGCGAACGCCGGUGAACCAGGCGAUCUUCCGCAUUCAGUCCGAGACGAUUCAGCUGUUCCGCGAAUUCUUGCUCACGAACAAGUUCGUCGAGCUCCACUCGCCGAAACUUAUCGGAGGGGCGAGCGAGGGCGGCGCCUCGUGCUUUACCUUGAAAUACUUCAACCGCGACGCCUGCUUGGCGCAGUCCCCUCAGCUGUACAAGCAGAUGGCCAUGUGCGCAGACUUUGAGAGAGUGUUCGAAAUUGGACCCGUCUUCCGCGCGGAGAACAGCAACACGCACCGGCACCUGUGCGAGUUCACGGGAUUGGACCUCGAAAUGACGUUCAAGGAACACUACUCGGAGGUUUUGGAUGUCCUCGAUGAACUCUUCAAAUUCAUCUUCAAAGGCCUCUCAGAACGGUGCAAAAAGGAAAUUGAUAUUUUCCACCAACAGUAUCCUGCGGAGCCGUUCACAUGGAUUGAGGAGACGCCGCGACUGUCCUUUUCGGAGGGGGUUCAAAUGCUGCGUGAAGCGGGGUGCGCGAACAUCCCCGAUGACAUCUCGGAGUUCGAUUUGAGCACUGAACAAGAAAAAAUGCUCGGAAGGCUCGUGAAGGAAAAGUACAAGACGGACUUUUACAUGCUGCUCCAGUACCCACUGAAAGUUCGACCUUUCUACACAAUGCCUGAUCCCCACAACAAGAUGUUUUCGAACUCGUACGACUUCUUCAUGAGGAACGAAGAAAUCAUCAGCGGCGCCCAGCGAGUGCACGACGCCGAUCUCCUGACGCAGAGAUGCCUGGAAUGUGGAGUCCCGCCCAGCUCCAUUCAGACCUACAUUGACUCCUUCCGGCUCGGCACGGCACCCCACGGAGGCGCAGGCAUUGGGCUCGAAAGAGUCGUUAUGCUUUUCUUGGGAGCGAAAAACAUUCGGCAGGUGUCUCUCUUCCCUCGCGACCCCAAACGCCUGACCCCUUGA